AUGGAGGGUGGAAAACUGUGCGGCAUCUGCUUUACAGAAGCUAUAAAUAUCAAACAGCACCUGCUGCGGAUGCACAAGGUGGCCAACUUGGAGGAGCUACACCUCCUCCAAAAAUAUGGUAGUGCACGGACCACGGCUGUGCUAGACUGCCCGUGCUGUGUCAAAAAGGGGGUGGUCCGGCUGGACAAGCACCUGCAGAACCUGCACAACAAGACCUCCUCCGAUGAGCGUGCUGCCCUCUUGCGAGAGGCAAAGCGCUUCGCCAUUAUCAAGGAGCUGAGGGACCUGAGGCUCUCAGACCCCUCAGUGCCCCUGGUAUCGGAACUGGACCUUGGGACUUCAUACCACAUGGACCAGGAGAGACCGGGUCCAUCUCGUGUUGAUUACGAGGCCCGCAUCCAGAGGCUGGAGGCCCGCCUCACCAGUCUCGAGCGCUCCCACGCUCUUCUCCAAAAGAAGUGCCGGUCCCUCCAGGUUGCCCCGGCUCCCGUGGCCCCCACCUCUGCUCAGAAGGGGGAGCACGUGGACAAACACUGA